AUGAGUGUUGGUCGUCCUCUACCGCUCUUCCUCAUAUUUGAUAUCGACAACACACUUCUCUCCGCAUGUAAUCGUUUCUCUGCGGUCUUUCCAUUCACGUCCACCACUACACUCGCCCAGCAGCAGACACUACGCUAUCGUGAAGCCGAACGCGGUCAGUGUCUGCGGGCCUGCACCAUCACUCUCCGCCCACACCUGCGGGAGUUCUUACAACUGCUGGAUGGGGCGUUAAACACAUCACGUGUGAAAGUACAGGUGGGAUUGUUUACACGGAAUACAUCCUCAUAUGCAAACGCUAUAGCAGAACAAGUGUUGCAGCCAUUCAUGCGAGAACGGUUUGCUUUUGUUUUUGGUGGUACACAUUGUACAUGUGGGAAUGAGCGGAAGAAACCGUUGAGUGUUUCCCCACUUCCUGCCACCUCACUUCUUAUAGAUGAUAGGUAUUCUUCUUUUAUUGCAGAUGAGUUUUUUAGUGGUCGUGGGGCUUUAGUACAGCCAUUCUUUAACGGUAUGAGACCUUGGAGCCCAGAAGAUGAAAUGGAUGAUGUCUUAUCCUGUUCUUCUUGUGUUGGUAGUAGUUUAACUUUUCAGAACUCUGAUUCUAACCUUUAUGAGAGUGAUGAUCUUAUUUUUUAUCAUCCUCAACAGAAAGGUGAGGAUGGUAAUUUAUGUUGUGAUGUUUCGUUAUGUUUGUUAAUAAAAGAGUUUGUGGCAUUUUGGCACAAUAACAUUCACUAUUAUGAAAGUGAAGAAAAUGUUGUAAACUUACUGCAGGAUCCACGCGCUGCACGUUAUCGUGAUUGUUGGUAUAAUUAUCAUUCUCCCAUGGAGGAGCAUGUGCUGUGUAUCUCUUAA